AUGUAUAUCUUCCAUCCAUUCAAGACAACCCUCGUCCAUUUAUUUGCCGCAUACGUAGUUGUGCAUGUAUACGAGGUUUCUGCUAGCGAGCGCAGAGUAAGUCGAAGCGCGGAUGCAGGUUUGUGA